CACAUGGUGCAGGAUCUUUCCACCCCUCCACUCCAAAAACCCAAUCAGACAAGUGGCCGUAAUCUGACUCCCAGUGUGCUGGGAGCUGCGGGCAGGCAAUGAGAGCUGCACUCUGGCUGGGGAAGGCAUGAGUGAUAGACCCGCAGCAAGGCGGUGGGGUAAGUGUGGACCUUUGUGUAGAAGAGAGAACAUCAUGGUGGCUUUCAAAGGUGUCUGGACUCAAGCUUUCUGGAAAGCCGUCACAGCGGAAUUUCUGGCCAUGCUCAUUUUUGUUCUCCUCAGCCUGGGCUCCACCAUCAACUGGGGUGGGACGGAGAAGCCACUACCUGUCGACAUGGUUCUCAUCUCCCUCUGCUUCGGACUGAGCAUUGCAACCAUGGUGCAGUGCUUCGGCCACAUCAGCGGUGGCCACAUCAACCCUGCGGUGACCGUGGCCAUGGUGUGCACGCGCAAGAUCAGCAUCUCCAAGUCUGUCUUCUACAUCGGGGCCCAGUGCCUGGGGGCCAUCAUCGGGGCAGGAAUUCUCUACCUGGUCACACCUUCCAGCGUAGUGGGAGGUUUGGGAGUCACCACGGUUCAUGGAAAUCUUACUGCUGGUCACGGUCUCCUGGUGGAGUUGAUAAUCACAUUUCAGCUAGUGUUUACUAUUUUUGCCAGCUGUGAUUCCAAACGGACUGAUGUCACUGGUUCAAUAGCUUUAGCAAUUGGAUUUUCUGUUGCAAUUGGACAUUUAUUUGCAAUAAAUUACACUGGUGCCAGCAUGAAUCCUGCCCGAUCCUUUGGACCAGCAGUUAUCAUGGGAAAUUGGGAAAACCAUUGGAUAUAUUGGGUUGGACCAAUCAUAGGCGCUGUCCUUGCUGGUGGCCUCUAUGAGUAUGUCUUCUGUCCAGACGUGGAGCUCAAACGUCGUCUUAAAGAAGCCUUCAGCAAAGCCGCCCAGCAAACGAAAGGGAGCUACAUGGAGGUGGAGGACAACAGGAGCCAAGUAGAGACAGACGACUUGAUUCUGAAACCUGGAGUGGUGCACGUGAUUGACAUUGACCGGGGAGAGGAGAAGAAGGGGAAAGACCAGUCCGGAGAGGUGUUGUCUUCAGUAUGACUAGAAGACAGCGCUGAGAGCAGACGAGACUCCCUAGAACUGUCCUCAGAUUUCCUUCCACCCAUUAAGGAAACAGAUUUGUUAUAAAUUAGACACGAGCAGGUUUGUUGAUUCAUGUCAUAUUACUCAGUCUAAACAAUAAAUGUUUUGUUAUUUACCAAG